AUGUCAAAUAAGGUACAAGGUACAUUGGGCAGAUGUUGUGCGUGUAUCGGAUACCUGGUCUUGGCGGUAUGUAAUUGUGAUUCCGCCAAAUACGCUAUAUUCUCCACUAUUAGGCGGCAAAUCACGCGACCACUAGCAAUCCUGUACCCGGUAUUUACAACAAGGCACGCGUAUUGCCACGGCCACCGCUUAAAAUCAUUUUUGCUCCAGGAAACUUCCCAAGCGAAAUCGAAACUCGAUCUCCUCUUUCUCGACCUUGUUAGUCUGGCGCUCGCAUAUCUGCAUUUACCUCUCUUACAGCUCUCCACUUCUUCGAUUGACUAG